AUGACCGGCGAGCAUCUUGUUGAAGUUCUCGCUACGGGGCCACAGAAGGCAAUCUAUGAGCCCCGUCGCUUUGCGAUUUUGCUGCUUGGAUCCUAUGGCUGUAUCUGCUCAUCUCUAAGCUACGCCUUCAACCUCAUUGCGCCGGAGAUGCAGUCGCUUUACAAUCUUACUGGGCGCGAUAUCUCGACCAUCAGCACGGUGGGUUUGGUGGUUGGUUACUUUCUUGUACCGUAUGGCUUUAUUUUUGAUCACUUUGGCCCCAAGCCGAUCUUCAUACUGAGCAUGGUGCUGUUUCCGCUCGGGGCGCUGCUGUUUGCGCUGUCAUUUCGCGGCACAAUUGAGGGCUCUGUGGUGCGUCUAAGUGUUUUCAACGCCAUUCUGACACUCGGAUGCACGCUGUAUGACUUGGCAUACAUGAUGACGAUCAUGAGCCAUUUCCCGAUCAGCAGGGGCCCUGUCGUGGCCAUUUUGAAGUCGUACAUCGGACUGGGCUCUGCCAUUGUGGGAAGCAUCCAGCUGGCUUUUUUUGACGGGAGACCGGACCAGUACUUCUAUUUUCUGAUGGUGCUGUUCCUCGUGACUGGAGCUGCGGGUUUCUUCUUUGUGCUACUCCCGUCGUACCACCUGACUGGCUAUGAAGAGAAACACCUGGGCGUCGAGGAAAAGCAGAGACGACUGGCACGCAAAUCCGUUUACCUUCGCCAGAAACCACCCACAAUUCGCCUCGCGAUCGGUAUUGCGUUUGUUGUCCUGCUGGUUAUAUACUUGCCUCUGCAGAGCGCACUGGUUGCGUAUCUGGAGUGGGGGAGGACGCAGCGCAUCAUAUUUGCAUCCAUCUUGAUUGCUGUCAUUGUGGCACUUCCGCUGAUGGCGCUGCCAGUUUCGUGUCUUGAGAGGAGGAAGACACAACGGGAGGAGGAUGACUGCAGUGGGAUGGACAGACCGAAUGCAAGUGAUGAGGCGGCGAACGAGCCUGCGGCGGCUGGUGGCCUCCCAAAGAGUGUGGAGACGGACGUCGACUACAUUGCGCCGCAGUACCAGACGACCUUUCUCCAGAACCUGAAAACGCUGGAGUUGUGGGCCUUUUUCUGGAGCAUUUUCUCCAUUAUGGGCACCGUGCUUGUGAUUAUCUCCAACGCCAGCUUCAUCUACGCCGCACUUGCUGACAAGGAGGUGGACAACGCCGUCAAAACGCUUCUCACAGUGCUGAACGGGGUGGGAAGUGCGGCGGGUCGGCUAAUGAUGAGCUACUUUGAGGUCUGGUCGCAGAAACGCAGGGCGGAGGACAGGGUUUCGAUCGUCAUUUCUGUCUAUUUUGCUGAUGUGUUCGUGAUCCUGUCACUGGUUUUAUUCCUCGUGAUGCCCAGGGCCGCACUGCCGCUGCCGUACGUCUUGGCUGCCAUGGGCAACGGUUUUGGCGCAGCAUCCAUUGUGUUGGUUACUCGAACGAUUUUUGCGAAGGACCCCGCCAAGCACUACAACUUUAUUUUCUUUUCUGUGGUGUUUUCUACAAUCCUCCUGAACCGCCUUCUGUACGGCGAGUGGUACACGCGUGAGGCUGAGAAGCAGGGCGGCAACGUUUGCCUUGGCCGGAGUUGUGUGAUGAUGCCCCUGCUAUCUUUCAUUGGCCUCAAUUUCACCGCGUUUCUUUCUACGGUUUAUUUUGACUGGGGGUACCGCCGAUUGAGUCGUGUGGUGCUUGAGGAGCGGCGCCGUCUGAAGGCGAGGGCAGCGGAAGGGCUCUUGGCGGUGAAUAAUUACCCCGUUGUUGGAACGGGGCCGCAGGAAGGGGAAGAGAAUGCCGGCAACCGAACAACGACGGCGCCCAACGACAUGCAAGCGGUACGCCCGUAA